GCCAUCAAUCGUGCCUCGUAUGAAGAAAACCGGAAUCAUUCGCGAUUUGUACGUCGUCGAGGGCAAAUCACAUUAUAAUUGAGUGUGUCUAUUAUUUAAUAUGUGAAGAUCGAAUUAUGACCUAAUCAAAUCAGAGAGAAAUUUAAUUGUGUUCGUUUUUUUCGUGCGGAUUUUAUCUUAUUAUUUAUCGUUGUUAUUAUGGGUUGGUUCAAUUAUUGCAACUGUGUUAUGUGAAAAAAUUGCAUACGACAAUUGCAUGUAAACUUGUGAGUUGUGAAAUUAUACACGUGAGAAGCUAUUUAAACAGAAAAACAAAUUGAAAAGUUGUCAAUCAGUUGGAAUAAUAAAAUAUUUCACCAUUUAAUACAACGAAAAGGAUAUUUCAUUAACAAACAAAAGUGCACAGUCUUUAUAUGACCGACGAUAAAACAGAAGAUCUGCGACUAGAUCAAAUCGGACAUCACAAACCGAUUGCAUUGAAUGCCAUGGAAAGUGGUAGAACUGAUCGAGACUCAGAUUUAGGCGACGAUUCACCUAUGUCACAUGGAGAUGAUCAUUCAGAUCGUGAAGAUGACAUGAGAGACUGCGAUUCAAGCGAUGAAGGUGUUAAUGUAAAUUCACAUAUGAAUGGUAAUAACGGUAUGGAUUAUCAAAGAAGUCCCACACACAAUACAGAUUCAUCACAUUUAAGUCAUCAUACACAAUUUCCAGUAAAUCCAUUAGGCAUGUUAGGAAAUUUUAUGGGAGUACAGAAUUUACAAAGUCUUCAAAAUUUACCGAACAUGCAACACGGCGAUGUGCUAGAAAAGUUAAAAAUGCAAGUACGUGAAAUGAAAGUUGGUUUGAUGGAUCAAGACUUUCCACUUCAUUCAUUCAACUCAUUACACACACCACCAAAUACAUCAUUCACAUUGCCGCCAAGUACAAAUCACAGUCAACCGCAAAAUCUCAGUCAACAGUCACAAAACGGAUUUUCGUUUACUCCACCGAAUGCUCCGCAUGCCAAAGAUGGCAAUCCAGGAUCGAAUUCAUCAACAUCAAGUGAAACAUCAAAUUCUUCUCAACAAAAUAAUGGCUGGAGCUUUGAAGAACAAUUUAAACAAGUUAGACAGUUAUAUGAAAUUAACGAUGAUCCAAAGAGGAAGGAAUUCUUAGAUGAUCUGUUUUCAUUUAUGCAGAAGAGGG